UUGAGUGUUCGGGGAAGAACAAGAAGGAGAAGCUGAGGGAUUUCUUUAAGAACGUGGUGAAGUCAGCUGACGGCGUCCUGGUGGCCGGAGUCAAGUGGCGUUCACACUUCAGACUUCAUAACAUCAUUGCAGCCCUAGACUUCAGAGUUCAUAAUAUUUGGGUUUCACAUCCGUCACAUGUAUUAUGUUUUAUUGUCUGUCUGUGUCUUCAGGACGUGGACGACUUCUUCGAGCACGAGAAGACAUUUCUGUUAGAAUAUCACAACAGAGUGAAAGACGCUUCAGCCAAAUCUGACAGAAUGAUCCGCUCGCAAAUGAUCACUAACACACACAACGCAGCAGACGACAUCAACAGAAUCGCCUCGUCUCUCUACACGUUAGGAACGCAGGACUCCACCGACCUCUGCAAGUUCUUCCUCAAAGUGUCGGAGCUGUUUGAGAAGACCAGGAAAAUUGAAGCUCGAGUUGCAGCAGAUGAAGACCUGAAGCUGGCCGACCUGCUGAAAUAUUACCUGAGAGAGUCCCAGGCUGCGAAGGACCUGCUGUACCGGAGGAGUCGGGCUCUGGUGGACUACGAGAACGCUAACAAAGCUCUGGACAAAGCUCGCGCUAAGAACAGAGACGUGCUGCAGGCUGAGACCAGCCAGCAGCUCUGCUGCCACAAGUUUGAGAAGAUCUCAGAGUCUGCCAAGCAAGAGCUCGUAGACUUCAAGACGAGACGAGUUGCAGCCUUCAGGAAGAACCUGGUGGAGCUGGCUGAACUGGAGCUCAAACACGCCAAGGGGAACCUCCAGCUGUUGCAGAGCUGUCUGGGAGUUCUCAAAGGAAACACUUAACUGUGUGGCCCCGCCCACUUUCAACUGGACACGCCCCCUUCAACACAGCCCCCCCACUCCUCCAUUG